AUGUCUGGGCGUCUACCUUCCGAUCAUCCUCGCUCCCUCUCUCAAUCAUCACGGCCGCCAUCCCAAAACUGUACUCCUAAUCCCGAUACCGAUUCAAUGCAUCACCGCUCAACCUCCCUUCGCUCCUCCAAUCCCAACGUCUUCUCCGACGAGUAUUCACUGGAACCCAUCGACUCCGAGCAGACCACCCUCACCCCCCGAAGCCCUUCUGUCUCGUCAGUUGCAUCCUCCAAUACCCUUCGUUCGGUGCCCCAACAGAAAUCGUAUACCACCCUUCCCAAUGAGCCAGAGACGACAGAGAACCCGUUCGGUGAUGAGGCUCGGGUGUCCUUCGAUGAUCAACACCGAUCGAGCCUUCCCCAAAAGGGGGUAGACUUCAGCAGUAACCGGGACUCGGUUGCGUCGACUAAUACCGCUCCCUCUAUCGCACAACGGAGCCAAAGUACGUCGUCGCGGUUUUCCAUGCCUCGGGCACUCAGUCCUUACACGGGCGCGACCGGGCCCAGCCAUCCGUAUGCAAUGUAUCCGCAAGUCGGUGUCAGUCGCUCACCCAGUAUAACAACGACGUCAACAGUACGACCUAUGGACCGACCAUUAGAUGUCAAUGCCCCCCAGCAUCCCUACUCGAUGUAUCCGCAAAAUGUGGUACCGGAGGAGGGAAUCGAUUCUCCCGUGAUUCCUCUAGGUUUUCCGGGACAUACUCAGACUUAUCAGCGACCGCCCAACCGUGCCGAUGACGAUGUGGGGGAUCUGGUGGGACCUGAUGGUCAUACUGAGCAACUUCCACCAUACUCGCGGUACCCGGACGGUGCAGUCCCGAAGGCUGAGGGGCCCAACCAGUCGGCCGCGGAUGCUCCUGUGGCCUCCGAGCAAAGCACGGGCAAUGAGGAGACGCCGCCCGUUCCAGAAGCAACUGCAGCGGCAAUACUCGCAGAGAGUCAGGCCAACGCGCGCAGUACCGCCGAGCCAGAGGAACCCCCACCGACGGGAAUCAUGGCCUUUGAAGAAAAACUCAAGAACAAGGGUAAGAAGAAGGCUUGUUGUGGUUUGCCGGUCUGGACUAUAAUUCUGGUGGUUGUCGUCAUGGUUGUGGGAGGAUGCAUUGGUGGAGUCAUCGGUGGAGUUUUGGGAGCAAGGAAAGAGGCAAGUGAGGACAAUGGCAAAAACGACAGCCCCAAGAUUAUCACCAAGACAGCCACCCCGCGAAUGGAUGCGACGCCGAUAUCGACCUUUCCCACCAACUUGUUGCCCCUUCCUACCGGCAACUACAUGAUUCCCGCGUACGCCAAGAAUCAGUCGAAGUUCUGUAUCGCCGACUCAGACUACACCCCCUCCUGGGGCUGCAUGACUGAGGGCCAUAUUCCGAUUUCAAUAUCUGGGACACAGACACAACCCAACAUUACGUUUGAAAAUGCCACCUUCACGUCUUCGUCUUUCACCUAUGGUGCACAAGCACCAUUCUUUGCUACUCCUACGCAGUCCCUGAGUCUCGUGAUGGAUUCCAGCGACCUCAGUCUUGGUCCAGCGUGGACUUUCUUCACCCUGUUUGACAAGUUGGUCGUUGUUCCGCAGGACACCUUUUCGUCGAGUGUAGCGUCGUCAAAACGUCACAUUGAUGAGUUUGAAGUGCUACAGGGUGCAUAUUAUCGCAAAAAGGUAGCGAAGUCAGGGGACAAGCCGUGGUUUUGUUGGUGGAAUGGCACUGUGAUGGAGUUUUUCUUGUACGCCAACAAGAGCACAAGGGAUUUUGGUAAAAGUUCCACCGCAUCACUACUAGAGCGACCCAAGCCUACGGAAUCGUCAGACUCCCCAGACAAAGACAAGGUACCUGAUUUCCCUCGCCGCAUCAAGAUGGAGGAGAAACGGGAUUAUGCCGAUGCCCAGACCCCUUAUUGUCAACAGAUGCAUGUGAUGGAGAAUGGCUCAGUUCAAACUGUUUCUCCUGAGACGAUCCAGAUCAAGGAGCUAGAACCUACCCCAACCACCACCCUCAAAGGCAUUGGCAGUACAACUCAGACAUACACCGCGAAGGCACAGUAUGCGAGUGUUUGCUACUGUGUAUCUUUAACGGAUUGA